UAUUUCUGGCGCUUUUUGUCUGCAAAAUGCAAAUGGCGUCGACAUCUGAUCACUCUGAUGUUGGCGUCAGUGUCGGAAAUUACAGCAACUAGUAGCAGUGAUGUACUAAGGAAAGAGUUUGAUUCUAAAGUGGCAGAUUCAGUGAAUCAUUUGAAUACAAGGGAUGCUGAUGCUAUGUCAGAAACUGGGCUAUACUUUGGGGAAAAGUUGAUACCUAGAGACAGUGAACCACUCAAGUGGUGGCAUGAACACGGAAAGAACUAUCCCAAGAUGAGCAAACUAGCUCGGAAAUAUCUGUGUGCAACUGCUACUUCGGUUCCCUCGGAGCGUCUGUUCUCAAAAGCAGGAGAAUUGGUUUCCCAUAGAAGAAGCAGCUUGAAACCUAAGAAUGUAAAUAUGUUGCUUUUCUUAAAUCAAAACAUUUAAUUCUUCAUCAAAGUUAAAAAUUUUUAUUGUUAUAUUAGUUGUUUACUAAACUUCUUGUUAAAAUUCUUGUUUGAAAUAAAU